UUAGAUAUGUUUAUUAAUUAUUUAAUUUUUUUAAACAGCAAUAUUUAAAUUUUUAAUUACAAUUGAAGUAGUUAUAUGCUGUUGUUAAUAAUGUCAAAUUACAAGUAGCUUGGUAUUCAUAAUGUUUACCUAAUAUUGUAUAGAAAUCAAUUUUUUUUUUGUUUUUUAAAUUUUGUAUACCUUUCUAACUUUACAAAAUGGAUACAAGCACAACAAAAUCGUACUGGAAUCUCAUUGUCCAGGCAUUUCCGAUAUUAUCAAAAGAUAAGGAGAAUUCAGAAAAAUGUGAUGAUGAACAAUUUAUUGCUAUAAAAAAAAUUAUUAUUGAAAAUAAACUCAACAAUUUUGUCCAUGGAAUGGUUAUGUAUUCAAUAAAACAAGAUUUAAUGUCAAAAAUUAAUGAGUUUUGGCUUUACUUUAUGCCCAACGAUGUCAUUGAAUUAAGUAAUCUCACUACAACUACGCAUGGUGAAAUACCUGAAGAUUUUGUUGGUUUUAAUAAAUUUAAAUAUGCAAUCGAUGAGUUAUUUAAUUUAGCCCAAUCAUAUAUUGACACAACAAACCGCCUACAGAUGUUAUUUGAAAAUAAUAAAAUAAAUUGUCUUGGAAAUUUGAAUGCUCAAAUUUGUGCUCUAUUACAUUCGCAACUUCCUAGCGAUUAUAAUACAAUAAUCUAUCAAUUCUAUAGAGUUGCAUUGAAAGUCUUUACUAAAGAUGAUAUUAUUGGAGAUAAAAAAAAUACAUCUAAAGAAGGAGCAUUUCAUUGCAAUGGUUGCUACUUUGAAAUAAUUUAUUGUAAAUGYGAUUAUAUAUUGGAAACAUUCCAUUUAACUAAUUGGUACAUGAUCACUAUUGGCAUUUUAGAAUCAUUAGCUGGUGAUGUGAUCAUGGAUUUAAUACAUCAAAAAAUUGAGACAGAAGUUCAAGAAAUAACUAAAGAAAAUUUUGGAGAACACCAUGUAUCAGCUUUAGAAAAAUGGAUAGAUACAAAUGUUUAUAAUUGGAUGAAAUAUAUAUAUGAUCCAAAAUGUAGUACAGAAAUCAGAGGAUAUAAAAUAGAACAUAAAUGUCCUAAUUUAAAGAUAUUUAUGAGGAAACUUAAACACCUACUUUAUGAAUCAUAUACUAGAACAAGGAUCGAUCAAUUAUUUAACAUAAUUAUUGAAUAUCCAGAUUCAGAACCCGCCGUUAUUGAUUUAUCAUUAACACUUCAAAAGACUGAUUUUAAAUCUGACCUAUGUAAAAAAUUGCAAAAUGCUUUACAUAGUAGAUUACUGCAUCCAGCUGUGAAUACAAUUGACAUUAUAACUGCAUAUACUGCUGCAAUUAAAGUAUUAAGAAAAAUUGAUCCUUGUGGGGCACUUUUACAAGAUGUUACUCAACCGAUACGAGCGUAUUUGAGAAGUCGGAAGGAUACAGUUCGAUGUGUAAUGACUACUCUUACAGAAGAAGGYCAUUAUUUAACUGAUGAACUAGUGAGAAAUGAAAACGUUUUAGACGAAGAUGAUGUUUGUGAAGAAGAAAGUAUGGCAGAAUGGGCUAAAUGGGUACCAGAUCCAGUAGAUGCUAAUCCAUCUAAAUCUUCUAAACGUUUCCGCAAUUCGGAUACUGUAUCAAUGCUUGUUGAUAUUUAUGGUACACGAGAAUUAUUUGUUAAUGAAUAUAGAGCUUUAUUAGCUGAUCGCCUACUUACCCAGUUUAUGGACAAUAUAGGUGAUGAAAUUAGAUACCUGGAGUUAUUAAAAUUGAGAUUUGGUGAUUCAUUAUUACAUUCAUGUUCUGUAAUGUUAAAAGAUGUAUAUGACUCAAAACGCAUUAACCAUCAUUUAUAUUCUGAUCCAACUUCAAAUUUAUCAUCUAAUAAUCUAAAUAACAAACUUGAGUUUCCAGUUAGAGCUAUCAUUGUAUCCAAUCAAUUUUGGCCUAACUUCAAAGAUAAUUUUAAUGUAGAGUUACCUUCAGUCAUUCAAAAGCACUUAGAUAACUAUACAAAAGCAUUUGAAUCAUUUAAAGGUAAUAGAACUUUAAAUUGGAAGCCUAAUCUUGGAAUCAUCAAUAUAGAUUUGGUGUUAAAAGAUAAAACAUUAAAUUUUACUGUUUCGCCAAUUCAUGCAACAAUUAUUUGGCAUUUCCAAGAGCAAGCUCAAGAUCAAAGAGAAGAAGAAUUACAGGUGUUCUGGUCAUAUAUUGUGGGUAUGUUAACCAAUCUGGAUUCAUUGCCAUUAGAUAGAAUUCAUCAAAUGUUGAAAAUGUUUGCUACACAAGGAACUGGUGUGGAUUGUAGUCUUACACAACUCCGUCUUUUCCUUGACGAAAAAGUUAAACAACAUCUUUUGAUUUUCACAGGAGGUCGUUAUAAACUAUCUAAAUAAUGAAAUUUUUAUGUCACAGUUCUGUUUACAAUAAGUAAAUUUUU